CGCCAAAAGGAAAAAUCCGGUUUUUCCUUCCCUUGCUCCUUUUGACAGGUUGCGCUUGCUUUGCUUGCGUUGCUUGCGUUGCUGAGGGCCACGUUCAGCCUCAGCUCUCCUUCUCUUCUCAUGCACCCUCAUAUUUAACAACUUCGCAAUUCAUCGGCUUUGCAUUUCAUCUCUGUUAUCGCUCGAUACGACACGUGUGUGCCGAGCGCAAAACUAGCUGGUGGCUGAAUGGAACACCCAUCUCGAACAAUCCUUGAGCAGCACAUUGCACCUCUCCCAACCGACAUUAGCAGGCCCACGUCUGCCGAAACUGCCUGUCGUCUAAAGGACCAAGCCAUCUUCCGCUUGUAGGGAGGGACCAUCUGACGCGCUUCAGCGUGAUGAUCUCUCCUGAAAGUAGCGCCGUUAGCGACACUGAAAGCCUCGACGCGUCCACUGCCAAAAGUGCCACCAAGCCAAAACCCAAGCGGGCGAAUCACAAUGAAUUGGAACGAAAGCGCCGCCAGCACCAAAAAUGCAAACUGGAAGAGUUGAGGGAAGCGGUCCCAAGCUUGCAAACGAAAGACAAACCGUCCACCGUCGUUAUCAUGCAAAAAGCAAAGGAAUACAUUGAUCAGCUCAAACGGCGGAUUGUUGAGUUAGAGAUGGACAUGGAUCGGAUGCGGCGAGGCCAGUUUGCAGGCCAGCUUACAAAGUCCUAUCCUGUGGUUGCCCACGGAGCGGAUCCGCUGAUUGAACGUCUUCGGCGAGAGAAUAACGAGCUGAAAAUGGCAGUGCAAAAUUUGCAAAAUCAAUUAUUGAAGCAGCACAGUAUGCUCCAGCAUUACUCUCCUGCGCUUGAUCCGCUUCAGCCUGUCGUUUUGUCAGGGACACUGUCAAUGUCACCUGUUGAGCUUAACAAACCCAGGGACCUGAACACUCCGUCAAAAUUGCUCACGGGAACUUUUCAUACGGGAAUGCAUACACGAACUCUCAGCGGACCAUCGUCAUUUGAUAGUCAGAAUCUACAGCAGCGGUUUCUGAAUAAUGCUCCCGCCUCAUCUCUACCGCACCAACAAUCGUUCUCAAUUACGUCGUCACCCUAUGACACUCCCACCGGACUCACUUCCCCAGUUGAGCUGCAGCAACCAUCCAUACUCUCUGCUCAAGGUACCCCAUAUCCCAUGGACAUGGGGACCUCGGCGGCCAGUACUGGAGCAGUAUCGUUUAAUCAUUCACUUCAGUCUUCUGUACAAUCUUCGCAAGGCGGACAGUCAUACGCGACAGAAUUGAAUCAAUCCGUUAAGCAGGAACAUGGUGAAUGGAAUUUGCAGUUACAGUCAAUGCAACCAUUAAUGCCUACGUCCGACGCUCCUCUUACACCACUGACACCAAAUGACCUCGUUUUACCAACACAACCAAAAAAAAGGAAAUCUAAUCAUGAUUUUCAUUCAGUUCGAAAUGUCACCUAUUCCACUGUACCGCCAACUAAUACAAAUCCCAGCAUGGUAUCGUCUCCGACAUUAUCGGAUUUCAGCUUCCUCCAGGCUUUGCAGCUUACCGACAAGGCACCAAAUGAACCCGCUGACCUGUCUUCUCUGGAGCUAGGAGGAAACAUUCCGGUACCCGAGAUCAAGUGCACAAUCUGCGACAAGGGAUAUGGAGAAACAGUUAUGUUAGACUGUGACCGCUGCCACAAUUGGUUUCACGGCGCUUGCGUCUCACUUACUGAUGUAAAACUGAUACCAGAGUCGUGGCUUUGUCCUAGUUGUCAAGUACUACGAUAGAUGCUGUUCAAAAGUUUAAUGAUACGAUCUGUAUAAAAUACUUUUAUAAUUAGUAGAAAUAGUAUAUUUAGAGAUACCCCCUACGUAGCAUCUGGCGAAAGGACUCUAUGUUACUGUGUUAAUAUCGCUAGAUAUGAAACUGGGGAUUGUCUCUAACGUUUUUAGACUACCAGUUAUUUACACCCAA